GACAGUUUUAAAAAUAACUUCUAUGGGCCAACGCGCUUCUAAGUUUCAUAAAUUUAAUCCAUCUUAGUAUUAAAAACCGAAAAUGGAAGAAAAGUCGAUUAAAAGUGUGAAAGAAAAUGGGAACACCAAAGAUAUUGAUUACGAUGAACUUCUAUCUUCGGCCGGCGAAUUUGGUCGAUACCAAAUAUUCCUGUUCUUUGCUACGUUCCCGUUUUACGUAUUUGGCGCUUUCUCUUACUUCUCACAAGUCUUCUUAACAGAAACAUCUCCAAACCAUUGGUGUAUGGUACCAGAACUCGAAAAUUUGACAAUUCUGGAAAGAAGAAGCCUAGCUAUACCAUUGAAUAAAGACUCACCAUUCGGAUAUUCAAGAUGUGAGCAGUACGACGCAAACUGGACUGAAGUUUUAUCAUCGGGAGUCACCUUAAACAAAACAUGGAAUACAGUGCCUUGUAAGCAGGGUUGGGAAUUUAAUAAAACAGAAUUCGCUUACCCAACAAUAGCAAGCGAAAUGGGCUGGGUGUGCGAGAGAGACAGCUAUCAAGCAACUGCACAAUCAAUCUUUUUUGUUGGGUCUAUUGUUGGAGGUUUUCUCAUAGGAUGGAUAGCAGACCGCUUUGGAAGGAUACCAGCUGCCGUAUUCAGUAACAUGAUAGGAGCUGUUGCAGGCACUGCCACCAUAUUUGCUCAUAAUUUUACUGAAUUCACAGUCUGCCGAUUUUUCAUGGGCAUGUCGUAUGACAACUGCAUGAUGAUGACUUACUUACUGGUAUUGGAAUACGUGGCUCCAAAGUACAGGACAAGAAUGACUAAUUUAUCAUUCGCUCUUUUCUUUACAACAGGCAUUGUUUCGUUACCUUGGAUAUCGCUGGCUUGUGGACAUUGGAAAACAAUAGCACUUGCCACAAGCCUUCCUAUGGCACUGUCUCUAUUAGCUCCGUUUGUUAUACCAGAAAGUCCAAGAUGGUUAUUGUCAAAAGGAAGAAUUGACGAUGCAGUGAAUAAAAUUACAAACAUAGGACGUAUCAAUGGAAAAGUAGUACCACAAAAUCUGAUUGAUGGAUUUAAAUAUACCACUCUGAACAGCAAAACAGUGCCUGGAAAUAUAAUGGAUAUGUUAAAAAGACCUAUCCUGGCAAGAGUAUUUAUCUGCACAUGUAUAGAAUUUAUGUUUUGCAUGAUUAUUUUCGACGCUCUUGUCAGGACCAUAGGACAACUGCAGUUCGAUUUUUAUGUAUCGUUUACUGUGAUAUCUUUAACCGAAUUUCCCUCAUUGGUUCUUCUGUCAUUCAUUUUGGACUACACUGGAAGAAAGUCUAUGAUAUUUGUAGCCAUGGUUGUGUGUGCUAUAUUCAGUUUUUUGAUACCAUUUGUGGGUGGUGGGUUAGCAUCGGUGAUAUGUGCAGUUUUGGCAAGAUUUUCAGUGAAUAUGGCUUGCAACGCAGCCAUGCAAUGGACAGCAGAAAUGUUACCAACAUCAGUUAGAGGUUCAGGUUCAUCAAUAGCACAUAUUUGCGGAUAUAUUGGUACAGUAAUAUCACCGUUUGUGGCGUACCUUGAAGUGUUUAGGUCUUGGUUACCUAUGAUUGUAGUUGCCACUAUAGCAAUUCUAGCUGCUUUAAUAAGUAUAACGCUGCCCGAAACAGCUAACAGGGAUAUGCCACAAACAUUUGAUGAUGCAGAAGUGUUGAUUAGAAGUCAGGGUUUCUUUGAUUUACCGUGUAAGAAGAAAGUUACAAAUGAAAAUGCUACGGGCCAAGCGAAUGACAGUUUUGAAUUAAAUUAAACUUAUGUACUUGGUUUUUGCUCUGCGUAGUGUAUUGUGAUUUAUUUCUAAUGUGAUUAAGUUACGCCAGAGCUUAAUAAAGGAAUUGAAUAUCUUGUACUAUCAGAGCUAGCGAAUUUUUAAAUAACUUGACCUGAAUAGGCUAGUUUCCUGCUAGUCAAAUUCAAUACUUUGCAUGAAAUUUUGACGUCAAAUAGCAGACUUAUUUCUAGAAAUUUAGCUAGAAAAAAUCGAAAAUUAAAUAGUUCAUCAAAUUUAUGAAUGAGAGUGUGAUUAUUUUUUAAUAUUUUAUUGUAUUGAAAAGUUGCAAUAAUUUAUUUUUGACCGAGGAUGCACCCAAUUGAAAUUUGAAACAAACGACAAUUAAUAAAUUAUUUGUGUUUUUCUAACUUAAUACAUAAAUGAUAUUUUCUUCUGUACAUUUCGGUAGUCCAAAAGUGUAUAUGUAUAUUAUAUUGAUUAGCUGGUAGCUUAAUUUUUAUAAUCUUAGUUCAGAUUUCUAUAACGGCCAGCAAAUUAAAAUACAACUAUAAAGCGUUAAACAAAAUAUUUCAAUAAUAUUAUUUUACAAAUCGAUAAAGAAAAGAAAAUACCUAGAUUUAGAACAUAUUUAAUACAAAGUUUUGGCAAAGUUUUAAAAAUGUUCUAUAUACAUAAUUGUAAUUUUGUUGCCUAUAGUAAUAAUGGUAUAUUAGUGUUGUUAUCAUGUCCAAAGUGUUGUACGAGUUCUCGUAGACCUGUUCAAAGCUACUCAGAGGAGUAUAACACUAUUUAUUGUGUAAAUGAAGAGUCAUUUGAUGGUUAUUUAACCCAUGAUAUUCAACCAAAUAAAUAGUGUUGUGGUGGUCUAGAGGUUUAAGACGCCCGCUUCUUAUCAUGCAUGAGGGUUGUAGGGAAACCUGCCAACGGCAAGUCCCGUUGUGACUUUUUCCUAGUUAUAAUGUACUUUUUAAGUUUAUUUUAGACACCACUGACAAAUAGUAAAGAAAAACAUUGUGAGGAAACCUAGGCUUAUAAUUUCUAGCCCGCAAUGAGCAAGCGUGGUGAUUAAUUGUCAAACAUUCUUCGUGCGAGGGAAGCCCUUGCCCUAGCAUUGGCCACUUACGAACUGUUGAUGUGACGUGGGAACCCAUUCCUUAGCGAUUCAAAAUCGUUAAUAAGGAAUAGUUUAAGUAAUCGUUCAUUGUCCCUGAGUGUGGCAGUUUGACUGAUGUUAGUUAUCUAACUACUAUCAUAAACAAAAUUAGGCUUCUCAACACAGCUAUGCAAAUAUGAUUAAUUUAAUGUAGAAUUUUUAUCUUAGUCUUUUUAUACAAUGUAGUGUGUUAUGAAACCCAUAUAUUAAUUACAUAAGAAAUAAUGCCUAUUUGAUUGCAUACUUUUUAAUACCUCAUAUCUUAUACAACAAAGGGAAAAGUAAGCUCUUGCAUCAUUAGAUUUAGAUUAGAUUAGAUUUCAGCCAUGAUCGUCCCACUGCAGGGCAAAGGCCUCCCUAACUUCCUUCCACUCCUCUCUGUUUAAAUUAUUAUUGAACGUUAAAUUAAAAUAUUAUAGCAUAUAAAAAGCCGUUUAAUUUCGUAUUGCUCUUGUAACCAAAUACAUACUAUAAUAACAAUACUUAAGUUGAAAUAGAGACAAUGAAAAUUAUUAAAUUUUGUCUUCUUAAAGAAUUCAAAUUUUGAUAUAUGAAAAUAAUUAUAGUAAAAUAAUAUAUCAUUUUGAUUAUUCCAAAAAAAUAUUGUAUUUGCAUAUUGCAAAACAAAGCACGUUUUGAGAGAUUCGAAAUAAAUGACUUCGAAAGA